UUUUUAAGGCACAUAUAUUGUGACUUGUGUCUAGUUCAAGUCACAACUUUCAUAGUACACGGAAUAUUUCUAUACGCCAAAGACCAAUAUGAAGCUCAACAAUAUCUUCAUCAUUGUUGCUCUCAUCCUGGCCAUCAGCAUGAGUCAAUCCGAGGCUGGUCUUGCUAAUACGACUGUCACUGAAAUUAAAAAUAUUGGACAGUCUAUUAAAAAUAUCUACGUCGCUGGCUGGGAAAAGAUUAAAGAGGUAACCAAUACAGUGGUCAGUGUAAUUAAACCAAGAAAUGGACAACCCGCUACAUUAAGAGCAUAUUAAACACUGUAGAAACAAUAAAAAGAAAAGUAAGCUUGUUA